GUUUUGUGUCAACGAGUGGAACAUGGAACACGAACAGCUGUUCACAGAUCACAAAUGAGAUAAAAAAAGUCAACGUGAAUGUGAAAUCAACAGUCAAGCCAAAAGGCACAAUUUAAUCCUUUAAUUUUAAUCCUUUUCUCAAUUUAUUAGUUUGUUUAGCCAAUGGCACAAUCAGAAAAUUGUCUUGCAAUAACACCGAUUAUAGUUAUAGUUCAUACAUAGUUCGCAUGUGAUGUUAUUCAAUGUUAUUUACCAUAAAAAUUAUUAAUAUAAAUCAUGAUAGUUCAUAGCUAAUUUUAAAUUUUAAUUUUAACUUUCCUGUGUAUCAACAAAUGGUAAUAAACAGUUUUUAUGCUAAAAAGAUUAAUAAUGUGAUGCUUACAUUUAUAAAAUUUCAUUUAUUUGAUUGUUUAGAAGUGUCAAAAAAAUUAGCACAACUAAUUCCAGUUCAAAGGAUGUAUUUUCCUAACCACGGUAUUGUAAGUAAUGUCAGAGAUACAAAUUUAAUACCAAAUCAAAUAAGAAGCGAGGAAGAUACAACACAAUCUGUUAACCAAACAGUGAAUUAUUUAGAGAACGGUGUGAAUAGUAACUAUAACACAAACCUUCAAUUUUGGAAUCCUUAUUGUGAGAAUUUUUAUUUUCCAAUUUAUUAUAGAAGUGACCAACAUUAUAGUAAUUUUCAUUAUCCAUUUUUUCCAAACACAUAUUACAAUUAUUAUAAUUAUUAUCAACCGUACACGUCCAGAACAAAUUUCCAUACUGGAAGAGGCUACCAAAAGAAGUCAUUUCAAAAUAAUAAUUCAGGUAAACAAAUUAUGUCUUUAAGGACUUGGGAAAAAGUGGCAGAAAAUCCAGGAACUCGACCAGGAUUUAUAUUUACAUUGAUGUCCUAUAAUGUUCUGGCUCAAGAUUUAUUGGAACAGCAUCCUUACCUGUACAGAAAUCAUGACGAAGCGUCACUCGCUUGGCCAAUCAGAUGGAAGAAUUUAUUUAAAGAAAUAUCAAAAAUGAAACCAGAUAUCCUGUGCCUUCAAGAAGUUCAAAAAUCGCAUCUCUCCGACUAUUCGUUACUAGAAGAAAUGGGUUAUCAAAGCGUUUUUAAGAAACGAACUGGCUGCCAACCGGACGGAUGCGCCAUUUAUUACAAAGCGGAUAACAUCGCUUUGAUCGAAAACGACGUGGUCGAGUAUUUCCAGUCUGGAAUGCGCGUAUUAGAUAGAGAUAACGUAGGGAUUGUCAUGAAGUUUGCACCAAAGUCACAUCCUACCAAAGAAUUCGUUGUCGCCACCACGCAUCUCCUUUAUAAUCCAAAACGAGACGAUGUUAGAAUGGCACAAAUGCAAUUAUUGUUAGCCAAUGUCGAGAAGAUGAGUUACAAGAGGGAUCGAAAGUUAUCCUAUUAUCUACCAGUUAUUAUAACAGGCGAUUUAAACACUCCACCAGAUUCUAGCCUCUAUGAGUUCGUUACAAAGGGAAAAAUUAAUUUUGAACAUAUAUCUCCAAGAUUACUAGAAAAUCAUCAGGAUUCUAGUGAGCAAAAACUGGUUACUUCUUCUAUAGGAAUUACAGAUAAUUCCCAAUACCAUAAAGUUAUAGAAAAACGGAAAGAUCAAAAUUAUACGUCAAAAAAAGGUGACAAAGAGCAGACAAAUGAAAUUAACAGGCUAAGCAAAAUGAAUUGUACAGACAAUAUGAAUUUGACACAUAAUUUUUACUUUAAAUCUGUUUACGAUCAUGGCGCGAGGGAUACCAAGGAAGCAACCACUUACCAAGACGAAUGGUUAACCGUGGAUUAUAUUUUUUAUAGUAAGAAAAAAGGCGAAAUGUAUCCAGAAGAUAAGUUGAAACUUCUUUCUAAAUAUAGAUUACCAACGAAUAAAGAAUUAAAUGGCACGCAAAUUCCAAAUAAAACAUUAGGCUCCGAUCAUUUAUCGCUCGUAGCAAAAUUUAAAUUAGACUUCUGAUAAGAUUGUUUUUUAUUGUAAAAUAGUGAUUAAAAAUUAUUUUUUAAUAUUGUA